AUGACUUCGACCAACAAAAGAGAUCUCCCCACUAUCGAUCCUUCUCAAGCAGCUUCCAAGGAACUCAAUGUUCCUUCUACUCAGACUCCAUCGGCCUCUAAGGUAACUCUACCUGUUUCUUUGAGGCUAAUCUCAACCCUUUCUAAUGCAAACGGGAGCUCACUCCUCGCUAACAUUACUUUGGCCAACACCAAGAUAUUAAGCAUCCUACCUUACACAUAUUUCUUGCAAGCUGCUACUCACGCUAGUGCCCUCCUUGGAAGAGUUCAGAAGUCUGAGAAGGCAGCUGAAAAAGUGCAAGACAAUUUAAAGCUCAGGGAAAUAGAACUGAGAAAAAUAGUUGGCGUUGUGGACUCUGCCGAGUUAGAGAAAGAAAAGGCCAAGGAGGAAUCCACUGAGCUGAAGAAGGAAGUCGAGGGAUUGAUGUCUUUCAUGAAGGCUAGGGAUCAGAUCAUCAAUGAUUGGAAGAUCGAGUGUUAUGAAAACUAUGCCAAUGGCUAUGAAGAUUUCAAAGAUCAAGCCACUAAGAAUUUCCCUAAUCUAAACUUUGAUUCCUUUGUGCCCCACCAAGGGGUAGUUGAGAAAACUAAAGAAGAUCGAGAUGAAGGGGAGCCAGAUAAGCAAUCCACUAGUACUAAGCUGCCUCUUUAUACCUCGACUACCCCUGUUGCUACAGAGGGGACUAAGCAAUAG